AUGACCAGAUUGAAGAUGAGGCCCGAUGACAGUGGACCCGAGGAGCAAUCCAAAGGGUCAACUGGCCCCAGCAUCUGCCUUCCUCUGGAGCUCUACCAGGAGACGCUGGACUCCUUGCAUUACGCUCUCAGGAUGCAGGAGAGCCUGGAGUACCGGCUGCCAAGCAAGCACCAGCAGGCUGAGCUGCAGGAGAAUAUCGUGAUGCUUCUCGAAAAGCUUGAGGAGUUUAGAAAGAAGGCAGAGACGCAAGAGGCAUGCUCAAGCGAGGUGAGCCAGCUGGAAGAGGCCCUUGCCAUCUUAGCAGUCUCCCAGGUUUGGCAAGAGUCGGUCAGCAAAAGUGGACGUGAGGAGCCGUCCAACACUGAGGAAUUAUCGAGGACACCACAGGAAGACCGAAGUCACAUUAUUGUCGAGUUGAACGAAGCCAUGCGGUUGCAAGCGGAGGAGCUGGAGCAGCUGAAGCUUCAACUGAGCAUGACCACAAAGCUCUUUGAGCAAUUGGGCGUCAACAAUCUGUUGAACCUCCUCAGAUCGGAAGAUACGGACAUCUGUAGAACAGCCACGAAGGCCUUGGCAAAUCUGGCGGCACAAGAGAGCUUCCAAGAAGAAAUAGUUCAAGUAGGAGGCCUCAAAGGGUUGUUCGACCUCUUUGAAAGGAGCGUGGACGAGAUCACACACCGUCUAGCGGCAGGGGCGGUUGCAAACUUAGCAGUCAACGAAUCAAACCAGAUAAAAAUAGUCGAAGAGGGGGGCCUACCUACCCUUUGCGAAUUGGGGCGAAGCUCAGCGGAUCCGCAGACCCAAAAGAUGGUUGCAGGAGCGAUAGCCAACCUCUGUGGAAAUGGUGAGGCGGCCCACGACUGA